AUGUCUCAACCGUACGUCCAGAUAGCGAAUGCCCAGCCCGGCUUUGGAAGGACAGCCGCCCCAGCUCCGAUCACAUACCUAUGCGCCGAUUGUGGCAAAGAUAACAGCAUCAAACCCCGCGAGCCGAUCCGAUGCCAGGAAUGCGGUUGCCGUGUGAUGUACAAGAAGCGAAUAAAACGAAUGGUUCAAUUCGAAGCUCGGUGA